GGCGGAAGCGGCGCGCGGCCCCAUCCAACAUGGCCGCCCCGUGAGCGCUGCCCCCCCUCCCGCCGCUCCCCCCCCCCCGCGGCCGCUCCCCCCGCCGCCCCCCCCCCCCCCCGGUCCGGUACAACCGGUACAACCGGUACCGCCGCCCCCCCUCCCCUCCCCCUUUCCUCUCCCCGGUACAACCGGUACCCGCGGGGCCGCCCCCAUGGACAGGAACUACCCCACCGCCGGGUUCGGGGACCCGCUGGGGGCCGGGCCCGGUUGGAGCUACGAGCGCUCGGCCAAGGCCAGCCUGGUGUACGGGGGGUCGCGGGCGCCGCACGCGGAGCCGGAGCUGCUGCCGCGGCAGCCGUACGGAGCCCCCCACCCGCUGCAGGGCUACGGCCCCAACCACCACCCCACAGGGCUGCCGGGGCUGUUCGAGCCGGGGCUGCACCACGCCGGGGCAGCGGCUCCCGACGCCUCCGUCAUGAACCUCAUCUCGGCGCUGGAGCCGCGGCCGCAGCCGGGCCCGUCCGCAUCGUCCCUCCUGUCCCAGUUCCGCAGCCCCUCCUGGCAGACCGCCAUGCACACUCCAGCCCCGGCCGAGCUCUUCAUCUCGGGGGCGCUGCCGGGCUCCGGCACGUUCCCGGCCUCGUCGGCUCUCGGCGCUUACCAGCACCCGGCGCCGUUCAGCGGGAGGAGCUUCCCGGUGAGCUCCGCUCUCAGCCUGCCCGAGCCCGCCUUCAGCCCCGGCUCCAACGGGCUCCUGUCCCCGCACGACCCGUUGCUGCACAUCAAACCGGCGCAGGCUCCGGUGCCGCCGGCGCUGGGCUUCGAGCGCCUGGGCAGCGCCGUGCUGGGCUCGGGUUUACCGGCGCAGAGCCCCGCGUACCGCGGCGCCCCGGCUUCCUCCCAGUUCAACCUGCUCUCGGCGCCGCUCGCCGAGCAGCCGGGGCAGCUCUACAACACGUCGGUGUUCAGCGGCGGAGGCGGCGGAGGCGCCGAUCGCGCCGUGUCGCGACAGGACAGCGUCAUCAAGCACUACCAGCGCCCCGCCGGCGCUCAGCCCCAGCUCCCGGCGCACGGGCUCCAGCACUACCUGAGCUGCGGCGGCACCUACCAGCAGAUGCCACCGCAUCGCGCCGCGCUGUCGUGCAGCCCUUUAGGGGAGCAGAGCCCCGCCAGCUCCGAGGGCUCCCAACAGGCACCCAAGGGUGCUGCGGCGGCGCCGCGGCCGGAGCCGGCGCAGAGCUACCGGCCCAUCAUCCAGUCGCCGGCCUAUUCCAGCGGUAACGGCAACGGCAACGGGGGCAGCGGCGCCGGGAGCAGCAGCAACGGCGGCGGCACCAAGUCCAAGAGCUACUCGGCGUCGCGGCAGACCCCGCGCUCCACCGCCACCCCCAAGUGCCAAAGCAGCUACAGCACCAGCACCCCCAAGCCCAGCUCCGUCAUCUCCAGCCAUUCCCCGGCUUAUUCCCCGGGGCAGCCCCAGAACCUCUUGGCUAUGGGGCCGUCGGGGGGGUACGGCGGCAACCCGCCGGCGCCGCAGCCCAGCACCACCUUCACCAGCGGCCAAGGGGGAGAUUUGGGGGGCAAAGCCCCCACUUAUCCAGCCGGGGGUCAAAGCGGGGCUCCCGCAGGCCAAGGGGCUCAAGGGCUCCCGACGUGCGUCGGCCAAGGGCAGACCUUCUCUCCGGAGCAGCUCCAGGCGCUGCCCUAUGGGGUGCAAGCGGAGGUGACCUCCUUGUCCUACAGCACCGGGCACUCUCCCGCUGUUCCCGCUCCGCUUCCCUACAGCCCCGCUCCCAGCAUCCGGCCCCUGCAGUCACCCCCGGCCACCCGGCCCCAGAGCGGGACGUCACCGGGACAAUCCCAGAAAUACCUUGGAUCUGUCCUGUCUCCGUCCUUCAUGGCGCCGGGUUACGGAGGAGGAACGGGCCCCGCGGCGCUGGAGCGGCCGCCGGCCUUCGGGAAGGCUGGGAAAGGAGACCCGGAGCUGCUGGGCGCCGACCGGAGCGAGGAUGAGGACUUCCUCAUCCAGCACCUCCUGCAGGCCCCCAGCCCACCCCGUGGCGAGGCCUUGGGGGGCUGCGAGGAGCGAGGGGCCGCCCCCAAGAACUUGGGGGGCUACGGAGGGCUGGGGAAGGCGGAGGAGAGGUACCAGCUGCAGAGCGUCAUCCGGCCCAAUUCCAACCUGGAAGCGCCGGCGGCGCUGGAGCUGGCUUUGCUCAAGGAGAAGAAGAAACCGGAGCGAGGGAAGGAUUAUCGGGGUGCCGGAGCGGGGGGCGAGGGCUUGGCGGCCACCUCCGUGGUCCACUACGGCCACCAACCGCCCGCCUUGGACUCCUAUGGCCAGGAGCUGAAGAAGCCCGGGGAGCACAUGGCCGGGGGCAAGGACAUGGGGCAACCUCACGGCUACUUGGCCAAGACCCCCGAGCACGGGCGCUUGGUGGCCGAAGGUCCCCCUAUGGAGCCCCACGGGCUCCUUUUGGACCCUCCUCCUGAACUGGGACCCGUCCCAGUGGGACCGGUGACGGGCGCCGGGUCCCUCUUACCCUCCGUCCUCACCCACACCCAGAGCCAGCUCCAUCCCCGCGCCAAGGCCCGGCCCCAGCUCGACGUCCACCUCCUGGAGCAGCAGCGGAUGCCACCACCGCCACCACCACCGCCACCACCUCCAGCCCCACCGGCCCCCCCAGCCCCACCGGCGCCCCCGGCUGCGCCAUCCCCACAGAUGCUCUUGGAAGCCCAUCACCUCCACCAGGCCCACGUGCGCUCCCAAGGCUUGGACCCUCAAGCUCCACCACCGCUGCCCCCGGAGCCCAUGGAGGUGCUCCCGGCUCCUCAAGAGAUCCAAGACUUCUUAGAGCCCCCGUUGGGGUUAGAACCUCAUUUAGGACAAACCGGGGGGGUCCAAGGGCCUCCCGGCCACCUCUUGGACCCCGAUGGUGGAGCCCCAUCGGUGGCUCCGCCGGCGCUGGAGGCCAAGGACCAGUUUGCAGAAGGGGGGAGCCCGGCGGGGGGCAAGAACCGCUUCGUCCCAUUGACCUCCAUCUGCUUCCCGGACGCUCUCCUGCAGGAUGAGGACCGCGGCUUCUUCCCCGGCAUGGAGGACAUGUUCGGGCCGCCACCGGAGGACUUCCCCAAGAGCACCGAGGACGACGAAGAGGAAGGAACGGGCGGCUUGGAGCCGCGUCCCGAAGCCUUGAAGGCUCCUCCUUACGACAUGGGUCAACCUUACCCCACGUUCUGCCCCGGCGAGGGGCCGCCGAGCGAAGCCCCCCCGUUGGGUUUGGAGCCUCCGAAGCACGAGUUGCCCUCCACGGUCAACGCGGAGCCUUUGGGUUUGAUCCAAAGCACCGGCGGAGGCGACGGCCCCAAACCUUCUUUGCCAACCCCUCUUUUUUGCUCCUCCAAACCCAAGAAGCUCCUCAAGACGUCGUCCUUCCACCUCCUGCGCAAGCGCGACCCCUUCCCGCCCCCCAAAAAGACCUACGCGCAGGAGUACGAGUUCCAGGACGACGAGGACAAGGCCGACGUCCCCGCGGACAUUCGCCUCAACAGCCGCCGCCUCCCGGACCUGCUGCCCGACCUCAUCUCCAGCUGCCGCGCGCGGCCCCCCCUCAGCCCCAUGGGGGACCCCAUGGGCUUCACCUCCACCUCGGGCGGCGCCCACCCCGGCGCCCACCCGGCGCCCAAGAAACGCGGCCGCAAACCCACCAAACCCAAACGCGAGGGACCCCCCCGCCCGCGGGGCCGGCCCCGCAUCCGGCCCCUGCCCGAGCCCCCCCCCCCGCCGCUGCCCCCCGGCCUCCUGCUCCCCCCCGAUGCUGCCAAAAGGCCUCGAGGUCGCGGCCGGGGCCGGGGCAGGAAGGGAGGGGAGGAGGCAGGAGAUGGGAAUGGGAUGGAGGCGCUCAAACCGCUCAAGAUCAAGCUGGCGAUGCCCAAGGGCUCGGAAGCCCCGUUGCCCCCCGAAGGAGCCAUCGGUGUCCCCCCCAUUCCCGCUAUUCCCAGCUCGGGCUCCGAGCCGGUCCCUUUGGACACGUCGCAGACGCGGGAGCGCAUCAAGCAGAAGAUCAAGGAGGUGGAGGAGAAGCAGCCGGAGAUGAAGUCGGGCUUCAUGGCUUCCUUCUUGGACUUCCUCAAGUCAGGCAAGCGCCAGACGUGUCCCCCCAGCGCCACCAGCCCCACCAAGAGCCACCGCGGGCCCAGCACCACCAACCCCUUCGCCGUGGGACCUCCCAUCCUACCGGGGAGCUUGGAAGGGCCGGAAGGAGAAGGCUUGGUCAUGGCUUGUCCCAGCCCUUGCAAGAGGCUGGAUGAGGAGCUCAAGAGGAACCUGGAGACGCUCCCGUCCUUCUCCUCGGACGAGGAGGACUCGGUCAGCAAGAACCAGGACCUGCAGAAGAGCAUCUCCUCGGCCAUCUCGGCCCUCUACGACCCCAGCGACCGCAAGGACCCCGACCCGGCCGGGGGCUGCUCCUCGGCCCCGCCAUCGCCGCGGCACCAAGACCUCCCCCCACCAUCGGAGCCCCCCCCGAGCCCCCCAGCCCCGGAGCCCCCCCAGCCCAGCGCCACCAUCACCCCACUGAGCACCCCGGCGCCGCCAGCCCCCCCGUCCCCACCAGCACCAGUAGCACCAGCACCAGCACCACCAGUGCCACCAGUACCGCGGCGGCAGCGGCGGCGGCGUCCCCCCCGGGGGGGGGCCGUGUCCCCGGGGGGGGGCUCCCCCGAGGCGCCGCAGGACCCGCGGGCGCUGCACUUGGCGCAGAAGCAGGAUGCGGCCGCCGUGUGCGGGGACACGGACGAGGAGGAGCCGGGGAGCGGCGGAGAAGGGAUCUACCGGGAGCGCGACGAGUUCGUGGUGCGCGUGGAGGACGUGCCCGCGCUCAGGCUGGCGCUGCAGACGGGCCGGGAGCCCCCCCCGAUCUGGCGCGUGCAGAAGGCGCUGCUGCAGAAGUUCACCCCCGAGAUCAAGGACGGGCAGAGGCAGUUCUGCGCCACCAGCAACUACCUGGGGUACUUUGGGGACGCGAAGCACCGGUACCAGCGGCUCUACGUGAAGUUCCUGGAGAACAUCAACAAGAAGGAUUACGUGAGGGUGUGCUCCCGGAAACCCUGGCACCGGCCCCCGGCAGGCAGGCGCCAGCCCCACCCCAAACCCAGCACCCCCAACCCCCCCGCGCCGAGCCCCCCCCCCCCCGCGCCGGCCGCGGGGGCCCUCCCCAGAGCCCCCCCCGUGCCCCCCAAGGCCAAGGCCCCCAAACCCCCCAAAGUGAAGGCAGAGCCCCCCCCCAAGAAGAGGAAAAAGUGGCUCAAGGAGGCGGCGACUUCAUCAGAGUCUGAGUCCAGCCCCGACCCUCAGAGCGAGGAGGAGCGGGCCCCCCCCGGGCGGGUGCUGAACACGCGGGCCAUGAAGGAGAUGUACCGCAGCUACGUGGAGAUGCUGGUGAGCACCGCGCUGGACCCCGACAUGAUCCAGGCGCUGGAGGACACCAACGAUGAGCUCUACCUGCCCCCCAUGCGCAAGAUCGACGGGAUCCUCAAUGACCACAAGAAGAAGGUUCUCAAGAGGGUGACGCUCAACCCGUCCCUGCAGGAGGCGCUGCACACGUUCCCGCAGCUGCAGGCGGAGCCGGGGGAGGCGCUGGUGAAGCUGCGCCCGGGGGGGGACCCCUACAACAGGAAAACCCUCAGCAAGGUCAAGCGCAGCGCGGCCAAGCCCCAGGAGUUCAAGGUGGAGGUGGACAAGUCCUUCCUGUACACCCUGUACCACUCCCUGCACCACUACAAGUACCACACGUUCCUGCGCUGCAAGGACGAGACGACGGCGAUCGAGGGCCGGGCGGAGGACCUGGGCCAGGAGGAGGUGGUGCAGCUGUGCAUGGGCAACCAGGCCUGGCUCGAGCGCCUCUUCCACUCCUUCAGCGAGCUGCUGGCGCAGGCGCGCGCCUCCUGCGCCUGAGGACCCCCCCCGGGACAUGGACACGACCCUGGGGACCCCCCCAUGGCGAUGGGACACCCCACUGGGGACAAGCAAGCAACCCGUGGGGCCAC